AUGUCGUCUCCUCAAAGAGAAGGGUUCAGUGCCCCCGCAUCCAUCUCUCACGCCGCUCACGGUCACGUUACCAGCAAGUCUUUGGGUGUCAAGUAUAACUGUGCUCAGUGCGGUGCCUCUUUCUCCUUGGGAAAGAGCGAUGCCAUCAGAUGCAAAGAGUGUGGCCACAGAGUUAUUUACAAGGCCAGAACCAGAAGAAUGGUUCAGUUCGAGGCUCGUUGA